ACUUUUGUACCUUUCUGAUAAAAAUUUACCAAAGAAAUUAAAGUAAAUGAUUAUUUCCUUUGUCUUGUUACCUGUAUUACAAAAUAAUUAAAACGAUGGGUAAUAGUAAAAUGAAAAUAUUAAAAUUGUCCCCAAUUUUAUUAACAUUCAUAACUUUUUGUUUGGCCCAAGAUUUACCAACAAAUUAUGAAUAUUUCACAGAAUCCGGAAUUAAAUCAGGUAUAACUACCAAUGAAACACACUUUUUUCUUAAUGGAAAACCAUUCUUUAUAUACAGUGGAUCUGUUCACUACUUUCGAAUUCCACGAACUUACUGGAGAACCCGUCUACGACAACUGAGAGCAGCUGGACUGAAUACAGUCGAAACGUAUUUGCCUUGGAACCUCCACGAGCCAUACAAUGGAACAUUUGACUUUGGAUCCAGUGGAUCUGAUAUGCAAGACUUUCUGGACCUUGAAUCCUUCCUUAAGUUAGCACAAGAAGAGGAUUUAUUUGUUAUUUUAAGACCUGGGCCAUUUAUUAGCGCAGAAUAUAAUUUCGGCGGAUUUCCAAGCUGGUUGUUAAGGGGAAAACCUAUGGGUUUCCGAACUGACGAAGAUAAUUACAACCAUCAUAUUUCUAGAUACUUCAAUUAUUUCUUGAAAAAACUGUUGCCUUACAAGUUUUUAAAAGGCGGGCCUAUAAUAGCCUUUCAAGUUGAAAACGAAUAUGGAUACACUAACUACAAAGAUUUUUUUAAACCAUCUAAAAGAUACCUAGGACUUCUUCAGCAGCUAUAUAUAGACAAUGAUUUAGCAGACUUCUUAGUAACGUCCGAUAACCCUAUUGCAGAAGGAGAUUCGGGAACUUUGCCAGGGGUUUUAUUUCAAACUACUAAUUUUGGUGAUUCCCCUGAAAAUUAUUUAAAGAGAUUGUCAGAAUUGCAACCUAAUAAACCUCUAAUGGUAAUGGAAUUUUGGAUAGGCUGGUUCGACCACUGGACAGAUAACCAUCAAACGAGAGACCCAAAAGAGAUGAGAGAUCUUUAUGAACGAAUCUUAAAGUAUCCAGCUUCGGUAAAUAUAUACAUGUUUCAUGGAGGAAGUAACUUUGCUUUUGGAAAUGGAGCUCAUUUAAAUAAUGAACUGCUUGACAAUUCCGCUUUUCUUCCAAUUACUACGAGCUAUGAUUACGACUCACCACUGGACGAAUCUGGCCGAUACACCCAAAAGUACUACGACAUUAAAGAUCUACUUGCCAAGUAUAAUCCAAUCAAAACUAAACUUCCCUCUAUGCCAGAGCUGAAGCCAAAUAUUGCGUAUCCCCCUAUUAAUAUCACACAACAACUUCCUCUACGUAACGUUCUCACUGAUCAACCACCAGUGGUUCUAAACAGUAAAAAUGUUAUUGCGAUGGAAAUGUUGGAUAUUAAUAACGGAUCUGGGCAGAGCUAUGGAUACAUCGUUUAUCGAAAGGAGAAUAUUGACUUGGAGGCAAACACAGUUCUUAAAAUCGAAGGACAUGUUUGUGAUACCGUCAUGGUUCUGGUCAAUGGUGUUUUGGUUUCUCCUGAAUUUAAAUCCAGAGCAGAUUUGGAUGGAUUUGGAUUUUGGAGAUUGAAAGAUUCCACAUUGGUACUAAACACAGAACCUGUUAAAAAUGCUACUAUAGAUAUCGUCGUAGAAGAGUGGGGUAGAAUGCAUGGUGGUACUAUCUAUCAGUAUAACCAAACGUUUAAAGGAUUAUGGCAAGACAAUGUAUAUCUAAAUGACCAACAGCUUUUCGACUGGAAGAUCGUGCCCUUGGAGUUCAAGAAAGCAUGGAACAAUGCAUUAACCUCUUGGCAGACACCAACCUCCAGUUCUGGUCCGGCCUUAUAUCUUGCUUCAUUAAUCCUGGACUCGGAUAUCAGAGACACUUACAUAGACAUGAGCAACUGGACAAAAGGUUUAGUGAUAGUAAACGGUUUUCCGGUAGGAAAAUAUUUCAAAUUGGGACCUCAACAAGCUAUAUAUUUACCGGCGCCAUUUUUACACUCUGGAGAAAAUAAAAUCAUCAUUUUUGAACAUUUCAGAGCCAGUGGCGAAAUAAACUUUGUAGCUGAUCCCAUUUAUGUAACACAUUGAUACCAUUUAUUAUUUUUCCAAGUGUUUUUUAAUAAAUAAAUAGUACAUAUUUAAA